AUGCAGAUGAAGGUUGAAGGGGAGGAUCUUCCUCCUGAAGAAUUUUCAGCAGAAUUCGGAUGGCAGUCGGCAGUUUCGAAGCGUAUGUCCGCCAAGGCGGACUCUGCCAACCGCCCUAGCGGCGGCAUAUGGGGGAAUAGGCCUAACGCCCGCGCCUCAUUCAGAACUCAGGAAAAUGGAAAUAAGCUCAAGACAAAAAUCAUCAGGGCGUCACGGAUGCCUCCCAUGCCCGAGGAACAUGCCAAAAUUAUCAUACGACCCCGCGGAGGGCUGAACAUUGCCAAGACAGGACCGACCGUUAUCGUCGAUAUUUGCUACGCGUGCGGCAAACUCGGCCAUCGUGCCGACGUUUGCCCGACUCCCGAAGAGUCCACCUGCAGAGGAUGUGGGGCAGUCAACCCGGACGAUCAACACCAGUGCACGCCAAAGUGUGGGUUGUGCGGGGGCCCACACCCUACGGCGGACAAAACGUGCAAGGAGAGAUUCCAGAUCCCGUACGUCGUCAGAAGGAAACGAUGGGAGAGUGCGACGGUGGAAGCUUCGACAAAUGGGGCUUCGUCAACACCAGAUAGCAGCGACAGCAAGGAUCACUUCGAGCAACCUCUACCGCAAGAGCCUAGGGGGCGCUCCCGAUCCAGGGGACGCUCUCGCUCCAAAGGGAGCCCCCGGAGUCGCUCUCGAUCCAGAGGGCGCUCUUGUUCCAGAACCAGGACCAGAUCACGCUCCAGGGGUCGCUCCGGAUCCCGGCGCCGAGGCAGUCAAGUCCGGUUCAAGUCCUGCUCGAGGUCCUGCUCCAGGGAUCGCCGACCCAAGUGCUACCCGACCUGGGCCGACCGAGUUCGAGGAACGCCGGAAAAGGUAACGCGGGGCUCACCGCCAGAGCAUGAUAGAGGUAACAACAGACUAGCACAACUUGAGCGCGAAAACGAGAUGAUGAAGAACACAAUAGCUCGACUGAUGACAGAAAUUGCCGGGAUUAAGAAGGGCAGUCAACCCGUCAUGGCUGACAAGCAGCCAGCCACUCCCCAGCCAAUAGAAAUCCCCAUGGUUGAGAAGAACGAUGCGGAUAAGCAACCGGCCUCUCUCCAGCCAAUGGAAGUCCCCAUGGUUGAGAAAAUCGAUACAGAGAGGCCCGCUAAAAAAAGGGCAAUCGCUAACGAGCAAGAAAGAGCACCAGGCAGGGUCAAAUCGGAGAUUCGCGAGUUGCUCUCCGCUCUCAGUGACAGCAUUAAGCAGAUAAAUGAAAAGUUCUCGCUCUUCCAAAGCAACAUGGCUUCCUUGGAGGAGCGCACUAAUCAGCGGAUCAGCAAAAUUGAAUCCUUCUUAGAAAACGUUGUAGCACCUGUGCUGGUACCUAAAUCUCCUACACCCCCAGCAACAGCAUCGACUAGUAACAGGUCGGGAGCGAUCGGCCCUCCGAAGGUUAGCACAGCAACUCAAGAGCAAUAA